AUGACGUAUGAGUUCUGCGUCGCACAUGCGCCGAUCCAACGCACAGUAAGCACACUCAAAAAGAGCAACAUAUCUGUGGGUGGAGGAGUGAAAUCCAGCACGUUUGUCAGAGUGAAACAGGAAGAUGCUACUGAAGAGGACUACUUACGUUAUGCACAUGGUCUCAUAUCAGAGUACAUCAGUGAAGACCUGAGCAAAGAUCUCCUCAAGCAUCUGCAGUUGCCAGAGAUAUCCAGCCCUAAAGAGACAGAGCCGCCUUCUAAGAAACGGAAACUGUCAGAUAAACCAGUAGAGGCCGGGGAAGACUACACCAAGUUCAACAGUGCUAAUUUUGCACAAAAACCACCAAAGAAGAUGACUGCUGCUCAGAAGAGUCUUGCCAAAGUAGACAAAUCUGGCAUGAAGUGCUUAUCUGCGUUCUUCAGCCCCAAAGUCAAACAAGAGAAGAGCUGAGUGAGUGUUUGUGUGAGUG